AUGUGGGGUGCCUUAAUCAAUUACUGGCAGUACACUGGCGACGACAGCUACCAGCCAACAGUUAUCGAGGCGUUGAAACAUCAAAUCGGACCCGACAUGAAUUAUAAUCCACCGAACCAGUCGAAAAAUAUGGGUGUUGAUGACCAGGAUUUCUGGGGCUUCGCUGCCAUGGAGGCGGUUGAAGCUGGCAUUCCCGAUGUUGACGAGGCCGAUUUUCCAUCGUGGCUUGCGCUCGCUCAAGCUGUGUGGAAUUUUCAGGUUCCUUUAUGGGAGACCGCAACCUGUGGAGGCGGUUUCAGAUGGCAAGUCUAUUCCUUCAAUGCUGGGUAUAACUUGAAGAAUACUGUUUCCAACGGUGGGUUCUUCCAGCUUUCCGCCCGCCUGGCCAGGUAUACUGGUAACCAAACAUAUGCCGACUGGGCAGACAAAGUUUACACCUGGAUGGAGGAGUCUCUGCUGUUCCAGGUCCAAGAUAGCCAUCUGUACAUCUGGGAUAACACCGAUGCGAACGGAAACUGUACUGAGGUUGAACAUUAUGUCUGGUCUUACAAUUACGGUAUCAAUUUGAUGGGUUGUGCUAUGAUGUAUAACAUGACCAACGGCGAUCCGAAGUGGAAGGCCCGUGUUGACAGCAUUAUCGAUGGGGCGGCUUUCUUGUUCUUCCCAGCUGAAUAUGGUGGAAACAUCAUGACGGAAAUGUUAUGCGAGGAUCAGAAGAAUUGCAACAAUGAUCAGAGCAGUUUCAAAGCUUAUCUAUCAAGAUGGAUGGCUGUCACAACACUGUUGGCACCGUACACACACGAUAUAGUCAUGCCGAAACUGCAAGCCAGCGCACAAGCUGCAGCAAGGCAAUGUAUUGGGGGUGACAAUGGACGCCAGUGCGGAAGACAAUGGUAUUCAAGUGCCUGGGAUGGUACGAAAGGUGUUGGCCAGCAAAUGUGCGCGUUAGCCGUGAUUGGCGCAACACAGAUCACAUCAGAUAUGGCACCCCUGACCGCCGCGACUGGAGGCACCUCGAAGAGCGACCCCGGGGCUGGACUUGAUGCUCCACAUAAUCCCGAGGAUGAGUUCAAGAAGAACCCCAUCACCACAGCUGAUCGAGCUGGGGCUGCUAUUUUGACGAUUGCCAUUAUUGGCUCUAUUGUAGGGUUGAGUUUUUGGAUAGUGUUGUAG